ACCAACGCAAUAUUUAAUUUUUGUUACUAAUCCUCGAAGUUGGUGCCUUUAUACGUUCGUUUACUAUUCCUUAAAAGUGAUUCUUCUCAUUCCCUAUUUUCUCUUGCAUUUCUGGCCAUGGUUAGGGUUCCACCUUCUAAACCCUCCAAAACCGUCGAAGAAGAUGAUCCAAAGUUAGAAACUUUCAAGGAACCUAAUCUUGAUUCCAUCGACUCGUCCUUUGGGAAGCGCGAGGAACGUAAUCUUAAUGCCGUGGAUCAAUCACCAGCAAAAGAUUCAGAAUCCGUUGUUUGUGAUCAAACCAAGGUGAAAACUUCCGUGGAUCCUCCUCUUGACUUUUCUUUUAAAGAUUCUGUUGCUGGUUUUGAUUCCCUAGACUGGUUUUGGAGAACUCCGAGCUUUGAGCAACUUAGAGUGGAAUUAUCCGAGGAACCUCUUGAUCUUUAUUUGAAAGAUUCGUUCAAUUCCAUCGCCUCUUUACGUCAUGUUUAUGUGGCUACUGAGCCAGAAUGGGUUGUUUCUGAGCCAUUUGUGCCUGUUUCUUGUGCCACCGUGAAUUUCAAUGAAACGGAGGUGAAGAAGAGAGAUGAUCAAAAAGAUAGGGGUGAGAAGGCCAAAAAUAAAACGCUUAAUGAUGAAAUCUUGAGCAUUUCUUCUUCAAGAAGAGCUGAAGAGAAGAAGAGUGAUGAUGAAGAGGACAAAGACGGCGACGAUAAGAGAGUAGAAGAUAGUUUGAGAACAAAAGAAGCCACCAUGUCAAAAUUUUUGUUCUUCUGUGUUGAUUUCUUGAAAUUUCUCUGGUUGAACCAGCAGGUGCUAGAAGAAGAAGUGCAGAAGAAUAUGGCAACAAAGAGAAGAAGUGAAGAAACAAAAACGUGUAGCACAAGUAACAAGAAGAAUAAAAACGAAGUGGUGUCUCCUAGAAGAUUAGGAGCAGAAACAUGGCUGUCUCUUCCAUACCCAUAUGAUCAUUAUCCAAUAAGAUAUCAGAUUAUUCAGAGUUCAAGUCAGAUGCAAAAUUCCAGGAUUGGAACAGAGCCUUUAGUUACAUUUCUAGGUCAAAACCGUUUAAACCAACCCAUUGGAGGUAUAGUUGGUCUCAGUGAGUUUCCUCAAGUUAUUGAGGAGCAUUGUUCUCCUCCCAAUGUACCACCACUUCCCAACCUCAAUCUCCAAACACACCCGCAGCCUCACCUUGGUGGUAGAGUUCGAAAGGAGCAGCCUUGAUAGCUGACUGGUUCUUGAUUUUGAAGUUUUGAAGGUAACUACUCUCGCAAAGGUUUUCGAAAUGUUCUGAUAGAUUGUAUAUCCAUUUUUAGUUAGAAUUUAAACACAAGAUUUCUUUUCUUUUUGACAAUAACAUAAGAUUUCUCUCGCUAGUUUUUUGCUUAAUCCACCAUAUACUACUGUAGCGGACAAAUGAUUCACCGUUAUUGAUUUUGCAAUGCAAACAAUAUAACCUAAAGCUGUUUUGUUUCUCUCUGUUGCACCAACGACGUCGUUUUCUUGAUCAGAAAGAGGCUUUAUACUUAAGGUCAAUAAUGUUAAUGGACCUUUUAAUAAAUGGGCCCAUUUAAGCUGUAAAUGAAGACAAAGAAAAAGUCCCACAUCGUUCAAUUAGAAAAAAGAAGCUGUGUUUAUAUAUCGGUAGAGUCGUGUAAGUGAUUGUCCCUUCGGGGACAUCCGAUAAAAUUGGAACGAUACAGAGAAGAUUAGCAUGGCCCCUGCGCAAGGAUGACACGCAUAAAUCGAGAAAUGGUCCAAAUUUUUU